GAAACUAGCUGCGCUUUUUUGACAUUUACCUGUGUUACUUCUCACGGAGUAGGCUAUUGAAGCCUUCUUUGGUCCCAAAGACUUUUGAAGGGGUAUAGCCAACUCAUUGUACGGGAUUUUCCAUCKGCGAAGWACUGUGACAUGGACGCGCUUUGGGUCUGCACACUUUUUCUGCUCGUUAAGGUUGCCCUGGGAUGCCUGCGUCAGUGGGCAGUUCAGCCAGUCAGGGAGUGCUGUAGCCCGUGUCCUCCAGGCCAUGGGGUGGAGGUAGAGUGUGGGAUGGAGGACACCAAGUGCCAGCCUUGCCUGAGGGAACGUUCUCCCCAUCAGACGGUCUCUUCCGUGCCUCCCCUGUGCCCGCUGCCCGGCUGGCAUCCCAGAGCUGACCUCCUGCAGCGCCACCCAGGAUACCCACUGUGACUGUGACCAGCACUUCUACCUGUGCGGGAUGGGAAGAGUGUGGCAGGGCUAUGUGCCGCCUGCACCGUGUGUGGACGUGGCGAGGGGGUGGUGAGGCUGUGUGGAGCCAGGGGAACACCCAAUGCCAACCAUGUCGCCCAGGAACCUUCUCAGAGGAGAAGAGUGAUAUCAAGCCCUGCCAGGCCUGCUCUCAGUGCUCUGACACUGAGGUGGAGAUCAGAGCCUGCCAGCUCAACUCUGACACCCUCUGCAUGGAUAAGAAGCUCCACAUCCUGUCUCGUCCCCCUGAGUCUGACGGCCCUCUGGCCGCUCCUCGCCUGCCUGGGUUAGGGUCGGUGAAUGAUGGAGAGGAGGCCAGCCCUGCCCCCAGUGCCCCCGGGUUCACCCCUCAGGAUAAUGGGAGCAGCAACCACAUCCUGGUCUACGUAUCUGUUCUGGCUGCUGUGGUGCUGGGCCUGCUGCUCUACGUCGCCUACAAGUGCUGGACGUCGUAUAAGCAGAAGCAGGCGUUGAGUAAAGCCCGCGCUGCAGAGCUGGGGACGUGUCCUGAAGGAGAGAAACUCCACAGUGACAGCGGCGUGUUCCUGGACUCACACAGCCUGCAGGAUAGCCAACCAAGUAAAGGUAGUAAGAGGGACAGUAAGCAGGACAGCCCGCGUCCUGUACAUUCAACCUGCCCCACAGACAGGAGGAGGUGGAGCGUCUGCUCAGGAGGGGAGCGGGGGCCGCAGAGGCUCCUGGAGGACCCUGGGGGCCGCGCUGGGCUACGAGCCCGAGCAGAUGGACCUGUUUGGGCAGGCGAGGCCCCUUUAACACCCUCCUUUCCAACUGGGCCAAGCAGGAGGGCUCCACUCUGGGACUUCUGUGCUCGGCGCUGGCACGCAUCGAGAGGCCCGAGUGGUCGCGCUCUCACCUGCCCUGCCCAGGGGGUGUCUGUGGUCUGA